AUGUCGUCACAAAAAAAGAAAAGAUCCUCUAUUCCCUGGAAGACCUUAAAUGGUCAAGGGGUGACAAUAUCCAGGAAGCACGCAACAGUAGAGGGAUGUUGCGGAAAAUCAAACGUCCUCUCCUGGAAUAUCAGACUUGGCACUUUAAAUACUGGAUUGCUUACUGGACGUUCCAUGGAGACUGUCGACAUGAUGGAAAGGCGAAGGGUUGACAUCCGUUCUCUACAAGAAACAAGAUGGAAAUCAAAUGGUGUUGCUCUCAUUGGGAGUUACAUAAUGGGGAAACAUGUCUUGACUGUUAUCUCUGCAUAUGCACCAGAGACCAGUGAAUCUGAAGACUCCAAAAAUGAUUUCUGGAACGUACUCUCGGAUGCCGUCAGGAAAACACCAUCAUCAGAGAUACCAUUGAUGUGUGGCGACCUCACUUUCAUGUUGGAGAUAAAGCAAAUGAGUUCCACGGUAUCCGUGGAGGCUUUGGCUACGGAUCUCAAAACGAAGACGGUAUACGGAUUCUGGAAUUUGCUGAAAUUGAGUACCUUGGAAUGGAUGUUGUUGGGACCAGUGGUAUCAGGUGAUCAGUUUCUGGUUUCUUUGUCAACUGUCAACAAGGAGUUGCACUAA